GUGGGCGGUGCCCGUAGAAGGAAGAAGCGCCGUUUUUUCCAGUCGUGAUGACAGAAACCGGCAUAUGAACCACUCCUCUUUCUCUGCACACGUUAAACCAAGGCUGGACCUCCACUGCACGUUCAAAUUAAAACCUCCAGAACCCAGGAAUACUUCAUAUACGUAUUGAAUACUUAUAGAUUCAGAAAGUUUCAUGUCGGGCAUUAAUAGGCAGCUAAAUCAUAUGAUGGAGACGGAGAUCCACGUGCCGGUCGGAUCACCGACGAUCAGAAAAUUCCAGAUAUUCGUGGACGAACAUAACGUGACGGAGGGGGCGAUGAAGCUGAUUAAAGAGCUCAGACCGGGCUGGGACCCGAACCUGAUCCGGACUAAGCUUUUCACAGAUGGCACAACUAAUAAAUUGGUGGGGUGUUAUGUGGAGGACUGCCUUGACGAUGUGGUGCUGGUGAGGGUGUACGGCAACAAGACGGAGCUGAUCGUGGACCGAGACAACGAACUAAAGAGCUUCCAGGUUCUGCACGCCAACGGUUGUGCACCACGACUUUACUGCACUUUUCAGAAUGGCAUCUGCUACGAGUUCAUGCAAGGACGCGCUCUGGAUACUCAAGACGUCAGGGACCCCGUGUUACUCAGACUGAUCGCACGAGAAAUGGCCCGCAUUCACGCCAUCCACGCACACAACGGCUGCAUCCCCAAACCCAACCUGUGGAUCAAAAUGCGCAAGUACUUCUCGCUGGUGGCCACUGAGUUCACAGACCAAGCCUCUAACAUCAGAAUUCAGCAGGAAGUGCCCAGUCAGGAAGUGCUAGAACAGGAAAUGAUGUGGAUGAAGGAACACCUGUCGCAGCUGGGCUCUCCUGUAGUGCUCUGUCACAACGACCUGCUCUGCAAGAACAUCAUUCACAACGCAAAGGAAGGUCAUGUUCGGUGUAUUGAUUAUGAAUACUCCAGUUACAACUACCAAGCAUUUGACAUUGGAAAUCAUUUUAAUGAAUUUGCAGGCAUGAGUGAACCCGACUAUAACCUUUAUCCCAGUCGAGAGAUGCAGUUGGACUGGCUGCACACUUACCUGCAGGCCUACAAGCUCUUUACCAAGAAAGGUGAAGAGGUGAGCCAGCUUGAACUGGAGACGCUCUACGUACAGGUCAACAAGUUUGCUCUGGCCUCACAUUUCUUCUGGGGUUUCUGGGCCCUGAUCCAAGCCAAGUACUCCACCAUCGACUUUGACUUCCUCGGGUAUGCUGUGCUGCGUUUCAAUCAGUACUUCAAGACCAAACCUGAUGUAAUGGCCCUGGAGAUCCCCAAAUGAGACGUCAAGAUUGAGAGGACAGUGCUGGUAUCUGCUGACCUCAUUGUUGACCGUUUGACCAUGGAAUCAGAGGCCUUUUCAGUCAGGGCAAGGUAUGGGGAUACAGCAGGGGUGAGCACUGGGACCGCUUAUGAUUGGUUGAAAACUUGUCUGCGUAGGCUUAGUUCCACAAAUUCUUGAUUCCUUUCUCAGACACCAUGUUUCUCUUUGGGACUAAACUUCUAGUUCCCAUGAAAUGAGUGUGUUUAUAUGUUUUAAUUCCAAUUUAUUUAUUAAUUAUUAUUGGGAACUUGUUUUGCACCAAAGUAGUCCUUCCGCUCUUGGAGCCGUCUUUGCUUUGGGGCUUCUUGUUAUGGGUUUAGACAGCCAUAGCAAACGUAUGCAGAUUUGCUGUUAAGGACGCCUGUAUUGAUGUUUAGCAAAGAUAUAUUAAUACUGGGGGUGCUGACUAACACAAAACACCUCAGCCUGUAGAUUCAUAAUGCUUUUGUCAAACAGAUGUGGCCCACUGUUGUCUAUUUUGCAAUGACAAAUGCUCGAAGACCAAAAAUGUGCUAAUGCUUUCAGAUUUAUCUCACUGUGCAGUAAAGAUGAGAAGAAAUUGGGGUAAUGGGUAAAAAUCUGAGUUGUUAGUACAAAAGUUUCCAGUUUAGAGCCAAGCAGGGGUGACUCUGGAACUAGAUAGUUACCAAGGUCAAAAUCCUGCACUAUUACGCACUUGAACAAAUUAGUUAAACCCUGCAAUUAGUCCCCUGUAAGUCACUUUGGAUGAACUGCGUCAGCUAAAAGACAAGUAACCAAGUAACCAGUCUAUUUGACCUCACUCUAUACAUUCCCAAGAAGUCAGGGCCACGAGACCCCUCAGUCACAUUUCCAUCUAUUUAGCUUUUAUGGUUAUGAGUUCCGUUGAAUUUUCCACUCAUCACAGGCUUCCCCCUCCUUCUCUCACUCUCUGUCCUAAAUGCGUUUGCAUCACCUGGCAGAGCUCAAACUGAGAUUUAAAAGUCAUUAUCUGCUCAAUGAUCACUAAGCUCAUUCCUAAUGUAAACCCUCUCCUUAAACGUCAAUCUAAUGGUUUUCCAAAACUGGAAAAUGGGGCAAUAUUUAUGUAAUAGUGUUGUGUAGUUUGAUUCAGGUCACCAUCUGUGAGGACUCAAUGUCCUGGAUCGAAAAGGACAACAUUAUUUAAGUUCAGAAUAUCAAGGAUGUAAUUGCCAUUUCACUGGAGAAAGUCCUUAAUACCUGGACUGUCUGGUUGUAUGUGGUUUUCGGAGUGUUUAUCCAAAACAUUUUGAAUUUCAUCUAGUUUCAGUGCUGUUCAUCUCGACAACAAGACACAUAAUUUCACAUUUUAUGUCUUUUUGUGUAUGUUAUGCUUUCACCCGAAAAUUCAAAUGACUGUUUUAUAUGGUCUCGAAAGUAUGAGAAUAAAAAAAGAAAAGAAGAAAAUUAGCUUUUGGUAAUGUCAGAUUUCUUACUUUUCCCAUUGCUUUUGUGAUGAAAUAUGACCUAAACAUGUUUUCAUGUGAUUCCUUCAUUUUGAGUCAGUACUGUAUCUGUAUAACUGGAAUCACUCUAGUCUGUCUUCCCAAAUGUCCUUUCCCUGACCGACCAGAUCAGUCCCUAAACAAUCAGUACAGCAGUCAUUUUCAGAACGUCUCGAAACUGAAGCUAGAUGUUGUGAUUGAGCAGUGGGGUCACUGUGAAAUCUCUGACUCUGUGUCAGGAGCAGGUUAAUAAUGAAACGCUCUGAGCCACAGGCAGCAACUGAAAGCGAGAGGCCCUUCAACAAAAUCAUGAAUAAUUUGUAGCCAAUGUUUCUUUGAUGAGUUGGAACUGCCUGAUCGCUCUGUGCUAAUAUACUUUGUUCUGGUUUUGUCCACUUCUCACUGCUUAGAUCUGAAACUUGAAUUGCAAUUUUUAGGGGAAUCUUGAGAAAACAUUUCCAUGUGAAAUUUCACCCUACGAUUAAAAGUUAUAUUAAGAAGUAAUGUUUUGCAAAAUGCAGAAAAUGCAAAAACAUUCCCAUUUUUGCAAUGUUAAAAAAAUACUGUCUGAACAUAAAUUAAAAUCUGCAUAAAUUAAAAAAAAUUAAAUCUAUUUCACAAAUGUGCUAUAUGAUUUAAUUAGUCUUUUAUGUGCAUUACAGUAAGAAGCAGGCUACAUUUACUAGAAUUACAGUAAGCUACUGGGAUUAAUUGUCAUUUAAAAAAAAAAAAAAAAAAAAAAAACUCCUACAAUUCUACAAUGUGCUUCAUAUUCACAUUCAUCAUAUUUCUUUCUUUUGAUUUUGUGGUCAAAUAUGGCCCGGAUAUGCUCUUGGCAGUUUCCGUAAGAUUCAACUUUCAAGGUCAGGCUAUGCUUGCUUUUUUACAUCUUUGUCACUUAGUGGUCCAUGAUGACUGAUGACUGAAAAAGUGAAAAAUAUUUAUAUAGGUUACAUUAUUCCAUACAUGCAUUAAGAAUGUUAUAAAUUUGAACAACUUGUUCAUAUAACAGGAGUGCAAUUGCAAGAUGUGUGUAGAUGUACAUCCUGUAUGUCUGUGUGUCCACCAGAUGAAAACCACUUCUGUUUGUAAGAUAAUAGUUGCUUAUUAAUUUUCUUUUAUGAUAUGAAGGACCUUUCUAAUGUGAAGGGGGCAAUGUUUACAAGCACCAUUGCCGAUAUUAUCUCUAUUAUUUGAAAUGGCCUUGUAAAUAUCCCUUUUUAAACCUCUGCUCUUAAAAGGGAUGUUUACAGGAAGCAUCUGUGUUGGGAUUUUUUAGUUUGCUGUCAUGUUGAAAACAUACCAAACAAGUCGGCUUCACAGCGUGCGCUUUAAUUGAGAUCAGUUCUUUUGUGAAUGUACUUUAGAAAUGUACAGAUAAUGUUUCAUUUAUCCUUAUAUCUUUAAUAUUUCUACUUUUUUGUAUAUUUAACUGGGAGUGUAUUGGGUUGUUAGGUUGGCAUGAAUUCAAGUGUGUGUUUGCUGGAGACCAGCAGGGGGCGUUACUAUAACGCACUGAUAAGGAGUCUGUAAAUACUGUGAAAUAUUGUGAAAAAUACUGUACAAUGUUUUGGCUUCUAUUCAACUGUGCAGAGAAUAAUUUAACAAUUAUUCACAUUUUCCAUUAAAAUGUCAAAGUUGGA